GACUGAUGGAUUGAUCCGAAAGAGUGACAGUAUGGGUAACUUGACCCAUUACACCGGAUCCAGUAGCAGUCACCUUCAAAAUGGCCUCGCCGAAAACAACCACGACUCUCUCGGAGACACGCUAGACCACAGCGGCGCCGCCGGAGAUGGGUAUGCGUCGGAGGAUUUUGUUCCUGGGUUGUCGUCCAGUUGGGAAAGAAAGAAAGGCACCAGAGUUCAAUACCCCCCAAAUGAAAGAAGAAGCAUCAUCAUCUUCAAAAUGUCAAUCUUGCCUCUCUUCUUCCAUGGGAAACUCUGAAAUAUUGCAGAUAAUGUCACUACCCAAUUUCAUGAUGACCCCAAACUCGAUCAAUCUAGACUCAACAACCAUGCCCUUACUUGACACCAUAGAGACUGACCAUCACAACAAGUCCUCAACUCAAACCCCUCUCCAACACUCCUUCACCCACCUCCCAUUCUUGCCCGAAAGCCAUGACUCCGUCUUGGGCCUCAGUGAAUCCAACUUUCUUGAUGUGUCCGCGAGCACUCGACAAGCUGUUGAACUUGAAAAUGUGUCACAGAUCAACUUUGGCUCACCAUUCCUUGAAUUGGAUGGCACGGGGAGGAACGAUGGAAGAGCUGAUAGUUUCUUUGAUGAAUUGCCGGCUGACAUGUUUGAUUACCUCUAGCCAAUUCCAAGCUCAUUGAAGCUUUGAAUCGCUGUUAGGAGAUGUUUGAUAUGUGUAUUGAACAUGGUAGUGACAAUGUCUUCUGGAUAUUUUGUGUUGCAUAUGUUUUACUACAUGGUGCACUAGUUAGUGGUUUAAUAUUAGCUAGGCAUGAAUGCAUUUUCAUAUUGUGGUAUGACUGAGACUUCUUUGUAGUAUAUUAUUACUAUUUCAGUUCUUCUA